ACGUCUCCGCCAUCUUGACGCUGCUCCGGUGAAUUCCCGGGCAUCAUUCCAUCAGAGGCACUUCGUCGGCGGCGCUCCCACCGGGUUGACCCUCCCUCCUCCUCCUUGCGGACGCAGAAACGACACGGUUCUUCUCCUAGAACAAACGCCCGACCCCCGUAAACAUGGCCAGCAGCUUCUCACGGCUCCUCUCCUCCAGACGGAACAUCGGGCUCCUGUCGCUGGUGGGAGGUUCGGCGGUAGCGGCCGCGUUCGUUCUCCAGCGGGAACACGUCAGCGCCGGGGCCCCGGUCCGCAGAAGGUACCCCGCCAGUGCAGAGUACCCCGACCUGCGCAAACACAACAACUGCAUGGCCAGUAACCUGACGCCGGCCAUCUACUCCAAGCUGUGUGACAAGGCCACUCCCAACGGCUACACCCUGGACCAGGCCAUCCAGACGGGCGUGGACAACCCGGGGCACCCCUUCAUCAAGACCGUUGGCAUGGUGGCAGGAGACGAGGAGUCCUAUGAGGUGUUUGCAGACCUGCUGGACCCUGUCAUCAAAGAGAGGCACAACGGCUACGACCCCUGCACCAUGAAGCACCCCACCGACCUGGACUCCAGCAAGAUCCAGUCGGGACACUUUGACGAGCGCUACGUGCUGUCGUCCAGGGUGAGGACGGGCCGCAGCAUCCGAGGCCUGAGCCUGCCCCCUGCCUGCACCAGGGCGGAGCGCAGGGAGGUGGAGCGCGUGGCGGUGGACGCCCUCGCCGGCCUCAAAGGCGACCUGACCGGGAGGUACUACAGCCUGACGCAGAUGACGGAGAAGGAGCAGCAGCAGCUCAUUGACGACCACUUCCUGUUUGACAAGCCUGUAUCCCCCCUUCUGACAUGUGCAGGCAUGGCUCGUGACUGGCCAGAUGCCCGCGGGAUCUGGCACAACAAUGAGAAGACUUUCCUGAUCUGGAUCAAUGAGGAGGAUCACACCAGGGUCAUCUCCAUGGAGAAGGGUGGCAACAUGAAGAGAGUCUUUGACAGGUUCUGCAGAGGACUGAAGGAGGUGGAGCGCCUGAUCCAGGAGAGAGGCUGGGAGUUCAUGUGGAACGAGAGGCUCGGUUACAUCCUUACCUGCCCGUCCAACCUGGGCACUGGGCUCAGAGCGGGAGUCCACGUCAAGCUGCCCCUGCUGAGCAAGGAUCCUCGCUUCAGUAAGAUCCUGGACAACCUGCGCCUGCAGAAGCGAGGGACAGGUGGUGUGGAUACGGCCGCUGUGGGCGGAGUGUUCGACAUCUCCAACCUGGACCGUCUGGGACACUCUGAGGUCCAGCUGGUGCAGACAGUGAUUGAUGGCGUCAACUACCUAAUUGAGUGUGAGAAGAGGCUGGAGAAAGGCCAGGACAUCAAGGUGCCUGCACCCAUCAAGCAGUUCAAGUAGACACUGACCUGCCUCACCCUGCAGAGCUCUGGGAAACACUCCACUCUGUGCCCAUAGAUACGCAAGUAUCUAUGUGAUCUUCUCAUCAGUCGUGUACUAUUUAUCUAAGCCUGACCCCCACCCCCCUUCUUGCCCCACGAUAUACCUCUUUACAAUAUAACCGAUAUAUUAUCAUAUGCAGCUGUCUGAUGAACCAGUUACGUGCUGGGUUUAAAGUGAAACAACAUCUAGUGGAGCAUGAACAAGCUGCCGGCUGCAGUUUGUCCAUCUCUGCAUGGCCACGCAGCAGCUACGGCUCGGCCAUCGAGUCCUUCCGUCCCGCUGCAUGUCCUUCUUCUCUCCUCCUCACCACUUAGUGCUUGUGUGUUCCCUCCAUCUUUCCAUAUUUUUCCCAUAGUGCAUUGUGUGUACAUAGUUUUUUGCGUUUCACCAUUUUAGUGCAUUGUUGAUCAACAGACAGCAUAAAACUGAGGAGACCAGUGGAUGUUUAAUGUUUGAAAUGCUAAGACACACACCUGCCGGGCUGAGCUCCGCACUGUAAGCAAUAUCAUCAGCUCAUCACUGAAUGUCCGUCCAUCUUUUAUUAAAGAAGGCUCUAUUUACCAGGA